AUGAAGCGUUCAACUGGUUUAAUUCACAAGUCAAUAUUUUGCAAUAACCAUAGCAAGCCCUUAUCAUCGUCAAGAUUUUUAAGUACACAAGAAGCAGUAGAGCGCCGAAAUCAUUUGUUCACAUUAGAAAAGAAAAGGCAACAUGAAAAAAUUGGGAGAAUUGAAAAAAUUGAGGUUAACUACAAGGGUGUCCCUAAAAAUUGUACUUUAGUAAUGAAUAAAGGAAUAUCCACACCUUAUGACUGUGCCAGGCAUUUUACAGAGUGGCAUGUAGAGACCAGUGCAUUAGCUCUUCUUGAUGGUUCUGUGUACUGGGAUAUGCAUAGGCCUCUGAAUGAGAACUGCACUUUAGAAUUACUGAACUACACUGUCAACGAACCGCAGCAAGUCAACAAGGCCUUCUGGCGCACCUGUUCGUUCUUACUUGGUGCAUGUGCGUCUGUUGCCUUCAAAGAUACAGUGCCUGUCAAACUACACAGCUUCCCUGGACCUGACAUCCGCAGCGGCUCCUUCAUAUACGACAUCGAUUUGCCAUCGCUGGAAGAUUGGAAACCUACCCAACAAGAAUUGUACACUUUGUCCGCGGAAUAUGUAAAGUUUUGCCGACGCGGUUUGCCCCUGGAACGGCUAGAGGUAGGAGAGGAACUGGCCAAGGAAAUGUUUGUUGAUAAUCCUUAUAAGGAGGCACAGAUACCAAGCAUCGCCAGUCGCCAUGGUAAUGUGACCCUCUACAGGGCAGGUGAUCACGUUGACAUAUCCAAGGGACCAAUGAUCAGUAACACAGCACAAGUCGGCAAAUGCACAGUAGCGUCUGUACACAAAUUGUCAGGAUCACCAAAUAGUAACGUGAAACAGCUGUACAGAUUCCAAGGGGUGGCGCUACCGACCAAUGUUAUGCUGAAUCACUUCGCAUUUUCCAUUCUAGUUGACAGAGCCAAAAAACGUGUAAGUUUUAUUAUGUCAAAUAAAAGUUAUCAAAUAUUUAUAUAUUUUUUUAGUUUCCAUAGAUAUGGAACUAUAAUAAUUUCAUGACGUUAAACAAACAAGAUAAUUUAAAAAUCGGAUUUGAAAAUUUGGAGGAAAAAAUAAGUACCUAAACUGAAAAUGGAUUAGAGAGACUAUUUAGGACAAAAUAUCUUAUGAUUGAAGAAGUGGGUUCGGCCUUAUAGAAAAAAGGAAACACAAAAAUCUUUUUAAAUGAAGACUAUGGCUGCAUAGCUCUGCCUUUGCCAUUCCCAAAUGGAAAAAAAGAUUAAAAAAAAAAUUAUAAUGUUACUUGCAGGUGGGGGCCAAAAUUGGUAUCCCAUUCAAAUUUCCACAUUCUUAAAAUCAUCCAGAAAUAACCUUAUUUCUGGGCGGCACAAAAAACUAUCCUUUACGUUUUCCCCUCGGUCUCAAACUGUCUCUAUACCUACUAAGUUUCAUCUUAAUCCGUUCAGCGGUCCAAGCAUGAUCGGGUAACAAACAGACAGAUACAUCGAUUUUUAAUAGAUCGCUUUGACAUUAGAUCGAAAUUUAGAUUUUCAAUAAAUCGCAGUGACAUUAGAUUGAAAUUUCGGUAAAUCAAUUUACAAUAGAUCCUUUUGACAUUAGAUCGAAGUUUCGAUAAAUCGAUUUUUAAAUGGGUUCAUUUCAAUUUACAGGUUUAUAGUACAUUAAUAUAAUUUUACUGCAACAAUUCUGGGAUAUUCAUUAUUUCUUUAAAAAAUCAAUCUUGCCUUUGAUAAUUGACACAUCGAUCAUCUAGAGAUUCGAUUAUUUGCAAUUUGAUCUAAUAAAAUAUCGAUCUUAUUAGUUUUUGAUCCAUUGGCAUACCGAGCUAUUUAUCUAUAGAUAAUUUUCAUUCGAUCCAAUGGCAUGUCGAUAUUAUUGGGAUUUCGGUUAAUUGUCACCGAUCAACUGGCAAACGAUAUAGCGUAGAAAAAACCCAUUAAAAAUUUCCGGCCUUACUGAAGUUUGAUCUCAGCAAUUGAUUGCUACGGCAAGGAU